AUGUUCUUAGCUGGAGUUCGGAACCUUGUCUGCGCCCCCUGGACCUGGGGACCCUCCUUCCUUCGGACAGUUGUGCCAAGUUACUCCGCUCUUCCACUUAUGGCAAACAUGGCUACCCUAAAUCAGAUGCAUCGAGUUGGCCGACCCAAGAGUCCUCCCCGCAAAAUAAAUGUUUUAGGUGGCUGUCCUCAGCUGAAGGGUGUUAUAGUGAAAAUCAUGAUCCGCAAGCCCAAGAAACCCAACUCUGCAAACCGCAAGUGUGCCCGUGUGCGGCUCACCAAUGGCAAAGAAGUGGUGGUUUUUAUUCCCCGUGAAGGACAUAAUCUGCAGGAACACAGCAUUGUCCUGGUGGAGGGUGGCCGUACACAGGACCUUCCCGGGGUGAAACUCAAAGUGGUGCGGGGAAAAUAUGACUGUGCACAUGUUAAGAAAAAGUAG